GUUUAACCCUCUCCGUUCUCCCUCCCACGGGUGAACAGACCCAAUGGAGAGGAGGAGAGCUUUGAAGUGGCGGCGCGGCUGACCAAUAGAAAGCAGUCGCUUCCGAGAGAGGCGGGACUUGCAUGCCCAGAAGUGAGCGCUGGAGCCCAACUCCUGGGGCUGUCGCUUGCAGAGACUUUUGUCCCGCGUUCGCUUUUAGGGGUUGGUUCCCUUGAAGCUGCUUGCAGUGAGGCUUAUGGGGGGGGGCGGUGAGGCUUCAGCAUUGAAAUGUGCAAAAAAAAAAAAAGUUGGGAAAAUGGGUUUGCGGGCAGGGUGGAAAAUCGAGGGCAGGGGGCGUCAGAAAAUGGGUCGGGAGGGGUUUUUUGCAGGGUCAGGAUCAGUGCAACAGAUCUGGGGAAGGGGGCGUGUGUUUGUGUCUCUGUGUCUCUGCCACGAUGCGAGGUUAUGGCUCCUUUUGUUUCUUGCAGAAUGGAUCUAACGCAGCGUUUGGUCUGGGAUGAAGAAGGGGAUCCUGACGAUUCCUCCGAUGGGGCUGGCGACUCUGGGAAGCCCCCCAAGCCCGUGGGGCGCUUGCGCCUCCUGAGCAGCAAGUAUGGCCCCGAGAAAGGUAAGGACUGUGCCUCUUGACACUGCCCUCCGGUUGCAAUUUUCCUAAGAAGCAAUCAAGCCUUUUCUGCUGCGUUUGAUUGGAUAGAUCGCUGUAUUCCAAAGGCUGGGUAUGAAGGGUUCUGCAUCUCUGAUCUGUACGAGGAGCCAUUUCCAUCUUAAGAUCUGUGUGAAGAGAGAAAGAGAAGGGAUGCAAAUUAAAACCAGCCCUUGUCUUGUUGGAUCCUGGGGCGCUCAGUUCCUGCCAAGAGAAAACGGAGUUUUGCUGAUUACUGUCAGUAUGGGUUGGUUUGUGAAUAAUAUAAAGUUACUCCUUGGCAGUGGGGCAUAGGAAGGAGUGCCAGUUUGAACAACAGAGGGGCUGCUUCCAUAGGUUGGCAUCUUUGCCAUCUGCCCAUCCCAACCUGCCUGUGAAUAAUUCUGCUGCUCCUCCCAUUGGCAGUUGUUGUUGUUGUUUAGUCGUGUCCGACUCUUCGUGACCCCAUGGACCAGAGCACGCCAGGCACUUCUGUCCUCCACUGCCUCCGGCAGUUUGGUCAAACUCAUGCUGGUAGCUUCAAGAACACCAUCCAACCAUCUCAUCCUCUGUCGUCCCCUUCUCCCUGUGCCCUCAAUCUUUCCCAACAUCAGGGUCUUUUCCAGGGAGUCUUCUCUUCUCAUGAGGUGGCCACAGUAUUGGAGCCUCAGCUUCACGAUCUGUCCUUCCAGUGAGCACUCAGGGCUGAUUUCCUUAAGAAUGGAUACGUUUGAUCUUCUUGCAGUCCAUGGGACUCUCAAGAGUCUCCUCCAGCACCAUAAUUCAAAAGCAUCAAUUCUUCGGUGAUCAGCUUUCUUUAUGGUCCAGCUCUCACUUCCAUACAUCACUACUGGGAAAACCAUAGCUUUUACUAUACGGACCUUUGUAGGCAAGGUGAUGUCUCUACUUUUUAAGAUGCUGUCUAGGUUUGACAUUGCUUUUCUCCCAAGAAGCAGGCAUCUUUUAAUUUCGUGACUGCUGUCACCAUCUGCAGUGAUCAUGGAGCCCAAGAAAGUAAAAUCUCUUACUGCCUCCAUUUCUUCCCCUUCUAUUUGCCAGGAGGUGAUGGGACCAGUGGCCAUGAUCUUCGUUUUUUUGAUGUUGAGCUUCAGACCAUAUUUUGUGCUCUCCUCUUUCACCCUCAAUAAAAGGUUCUUUAAUUCCUCCUCACUUUCUGCCAUCAAGGUUGUGUCAUCUGCAUAUCUGAGGUGGUUGAUAUUUCUUCCGGCAAUCUUAAUUCAGGCUUCGGAUUCAUCCAGCCCAGCCUUUUGCAUGAUGAAUUCUGCAUAUAAGUUAAAUAAGCAGGGAGACAAUAUACAUUGGCAGUAGCCUAGGGCCAAAACACACUGCUCUACAUUCAUCCCUAAUUUGAUGUUGCCUUCCUUUGAAUUUGUCAUUGUAAACUUACUUUUAGAGCUCAUCUUGACUAAAAAGCGAGCAAUAGCAGUUCACAGUACAUAAGGGUCAAAUGCUUAAGGUUGUAAACCUGAGUUUGAUUAACCUGGGAGUAACCUGAACGCAGGUGGCGCUGUGGGUUAAACCACAGAGCCUAGGACUUGCUGAUCAGAAGGUCGGCAGUUCGAAUCCCCGUGACGGGGUGAGCUCCUGUUGCUCGGUCCCAGCUCCUGCCAACCUAGCAGUUCGAAAGCACGUCAAAGUGCAAGUAGAUAAAUAGGUACUGCUCCGGCAGGAAGGUAAACGGCGUUUCCGUGCACUGCUCUGGUUCGCCAGAAGCGGCUUAGUCAUGCUGGCCACAUGACCCGGAAGCUGUAUGCCGGGUCCCUCGGCCAAUAAAGGGAGAUGAGCGCCGCAGCCCCAGAGUCGGCCACGACUGGACCUAAUGGUCAGGGGUCCCUUUACCUUUAACCUGAACUUAGCAUCCAGCUGUAUCAGUUUCUGCAUGGGUUAACCCUUUGUUGAUGGCUUUGCUAAAUUGUCUCUUUUUGCGUUUCUUUAUGGAAAUUUCUACACCUUCCUUCAUCCGCCAGAGAGGCUGUGAUUUUUAGGGUGUGCCAGAGUUGCUAAAUCCCAUUGAUCAUGGUCUGAUUUACCCUUGGUUAUGUAAACAAUUCAGGUGUGGUUAUACCUGAUUAAUGGUUCAUAUAAAUAGGCUUGCCUCUGAACAGAUGGAUGAACACAGGUGGAGGUUUGAAAGUCAGGGACUUGUGGGUUUGUUGGUGGAGUUUUAUCCUGCCUUUUUGUUCAGAAAAGUAGUCAGGGUGCCUUAACCUGCUUAAGCACUUUUUUAUUUUUUUGAAAAUAUUUUUUAUUUGCUUUUCCAAAUUUUAAAAAUUACAAUAAUAUCACAGCACAUCCACAAUUAGAAGAUUCCUCCGAAUCUCUGGACUUUCCACCUUCCCCUUCAUGGGUUUCUGUUGUUAAACCUUUUCUACUGCAUCUUUUUUCAAUAAUCCAUGUUUUUAAUAACUCCUUUAUGUCCAUAGUUCUCAUUACAUUACAAGUGUUGUAAUAAUAAUAAUAAAUUUUAUUUAUUUAUACCCCGCCCUCCCCAGGGCUCAGGGCGGCUAACACCAGGUAUAAAAACAGUUGAUUAAAAUACAACUUAAAAAUAAGAUUAAAAUACAACAUUAAAAUGCAGCCUCAUUUCAGUAGAAACUCAAAUAAAAAACUUUUUUGGGAUGAAAAUGUCAAAUCCUGCUAAUGUUUUCAACUGCUUACAGUGGUCUCCAAGAUAAAUUAUAUUCCCCCCCCCCCAAUUCCUUAUUAAAGUUUUGAUCUUCCUGGUUCCGGAGCUUUCCAAUCAGUUUUGCCAUUUUGGCAUAGUCCAACGCAACCUGCUUAAGCAUAUAAUCAAAAUAUUGAGGUAAAUACACAGAACAGCAGCUGCAAGCAAUUGAAACAAACCAAGAGGGAGCUAAAAACUAUACUAAGAACUAACACCAAUUGAAUAAAAAGAACUGCCUAAAUAACAGGGUUUGGUGGAAAACAGGAAUGGAGUGGGCAAAGUGGAUCUCCUGGAUUGUGGAGAUCUGUGGUUCCUUCCAUGCAGUGUCUAGCGCUGAUCAUAUUGAAGGACGGACUUGGAAGUUGGUUGAGGGCUGACUUCAAGCAUAAUUAUAUAAUCACUUUCCCGAUUCACUAGGACGAGUGUGCAACUUAUUGGAAGUAAUUAUGGAGAAUAUAUGCUACUCAUAAAAGGCAAGGCUUUCCCUGUACAGAAGAGAACAAGGGAGGGUGUGUUAAUAUUUCAGGGAACUUGUUUCCUUCCUGGGAUUCCUACUACCUAAGGGCUGCUUCCUGGUUUUUAUACAGAGCUUCAUUGUGGAGGUUGUGUGAAUAGGUCAUUCGAAACAACACACCCCUUCUAAUCUGGUUGGCAUCGGUGCUGAUACCAUUUUGGUGUCGGGUGACGAAAACAUAGCUUCUGGAAAUUAUGCCCCGCUGAGCUAUCUUUGAUACGCCAGAGUUUAUGUGUAUUUUUAUUUUAUUAGCCUAGGGUAGUUAUUUUAUUGAAGUUAUUACUCCCUGCCAGGGACGCGGGUGGCGCUGUGGGUUAAACCACAGAGCCUAGGACUUGCCGAUCAGAAGGUCGGCGGUUCGAAUCCCCGCGAUGGGGUGAGCUCCCGUUGCUCAGUCCCUGCUCCUGCCAACCUAGCAGUUUGAAAGCACGUCAAAGUGCAAGUAGAUAAAUAGGUACCGCUCCAGCGGGAAAGUAAACAGCGUUUCCGUGCGCUGCUCUGGUUCGCCAGAAGCGGCUUAGUCAUGCUGGCCAGAUGACCCGGAAGCUGUAAGCCGGCUCCCUCGGCCAAUAAAGGAAGAUGAGCGCCGCAACCCCAGAGUCGGUCAUGACUGGACCUAAUGGUCAGGGGUCCCUUUACCUUUACUCCCUGCCCCGAGUUCUUUGGAUGGAGGGCAGGAUAUAAAUAUUUUCCAUUGAUUAAUCAAUUCUUCAGAUUUCUGGAUCUACCCUGGGGAGAAUGUCAUUGGCCGUCUGGAAAGCUGUCAGGUCUGCUUGCCCGCUGCUUCGGUUUCCAAAACUCACGCUGUGAUUGAGGUUCCUUCCCACAAGGGACCCCACCUGUUGUAUGACCUGGGAAGCCUGAACCGCACACGCCGACAGCGCAUGGUGUUAAUCCCACAUGUCCGAUACAGCCUUCAGGAUGGAGACGCUCUGCUCUUUGGGGACGUGGGGUGCCAGUACUUUGUGCUGGUCCCGGACGGCGCCGAUGAGUCACUCGAUGAUUCUGCGGAGGUGCCACCUACACAGAAGAUUGUGGACGUUGGUGCUUUGGCCAUUGAGGAGACACCUGCACCGGGGAAGCGGAUGGGCUUUGGAGGAGUCCUGGUGCAGGAUUCUGACAAGGAGGAAGAUGGGGAGGAAUUAGUGAAUGGGGCAGGCAGGAGCCGACAUCUCCCAGCAAGUGAUGGUAAGUGGGUGUUGUGAAGGCGGGGGGCAAUCUGCCAUACUGCCCACCUAGCAUGGUGGAUAAAAAUCAGUGAUUUUUAUAUAUAUAUAUAUAUAUAUGCCUGUAUAUAUAUAUAUAUAUAUAAUAAGAUUUUUAAAAAUGUAAAUCAGAUUUUUUAAUUUAUUUAAAUCAUAUUUUUAAAAUAAAAUGCUUUUGGAGGAAAAAAUCUUUCUAAAGAUAGUUUUCUGUUUAAGUUACAUUAUAGUCUGAAGGCUAUUCAUCGGGAAAUAAGGAUUUGUUUAAAGUUUUUCAUGUGUGCUAAAACUCAAGUCUGUUUUUUUGUUUAACCACAUCAGUUAACAAAAAUGGAUACGUAUACUAUAAUGUUAUUGCUUUAGUUAAAUACCUCUUCUUGUGAACACUUCAUGUUGCGUUUUUUCGGGUUAAGAGCGCGUGUGCAUGUGCAGAAGCGUUCUGUGCCGUUCGCGCAUGCGCAGAAGCGCCGCUCUGAUUACUGACUUUUCGGGUUGUGAACAGCACCCCAGAACGGAUCGUGUCCACAACCAGAGGUACCACUGUGUGUGUGUGUGUACUGUAUUUUUCGCCCUAUAGGGUGCAUUGGCCCAUAGGACACACCUCAUUUUGGGGGGGAAAAUUAAUAAAAAAAAAUUAUUUUCCCCCCCAGCCGCGGGGCUGGGCCGGGGAAAGCCUGAGCUUCCCCCGACCCCAGCCCCCAGAAGAGGCUGCUAUCCACAAGCCUUGCGAGCCUGGCGGCAACUCCCGCCGGGCACGCAAGGCUUGCGGAUAGCUUCCUGAAGCCUGGAGAGCGAGAGGGGUCGGUGCGCACCGAUGCCUCUCGCUCUCCAGGCUUUAGAGAAAGCCUGCAUUCGCCCCAUAGGACGCACACACAUUUCCCCUUCAUUUUUGGAGGGGGAAAAGUGUGUCCUAUAGGGCGAAAAAUACGGUAUAUAUGAGAGACAUAUUGAUUCCAAACGAUUUGUUUAGGUUUGUUUAAUCUGGAGUUCCCCAUCCCUGCUGUUCCUGCAUUCGCCCCAUAGGACGCACACACAUUUCCCCUUCAUUUUUGGAGGGGGAAAAGUGCGUCCUAUAGGGCGAAAAAUACGGUAUAUAUAUGAGACAUAUUGAUUCCAAACGAUUUGUUUAGGUUUGUUUAAUCUGGAGUUCCCCAUCCCUGCUGUUCCUGAUUCUUUAAAUUUCCUGUGUUCCCCACUAGGGUCAGAUUCCUCUAUCAAAGAUGGUGCUGGAAGAUGCUCCGCUUUGGGUUCCUCUGUGUUCUUCUCUCCCUCUGCUACUGUCGUGCCUGAAAGGUAAUGCCUUUUUCUAGCUGCCUUUUCUCAAGGGAAGCAGGCCUGGUAUGCGGCAGUCCCUGCGGAAUAAAUAGGGUGCGCAAGCAUUGUGGGAAGGAUUAAACGUACCCGUGGACUGAUCCGUGGUUCAUAGUGACAAUAGGUGGAGAUGGAGCCUCCAUGUCCAGUGAUGGUAUAUCUUCAAUUAGCAGACCCUUGGAGGCGUCAACAGCGGGUGGUGUUAAUUUUUUAAUUAGUGCUAAAACACAUUCCCAGUUACAUAUAUAUUUCUAAACCUUUGAAAUGCUCCUUAUAUGAAAGAGUGUUAAGAGUAAUAGAGCACAAUUUAUUUAUUUUUAAAAGUGGGGAAUAUUUUUGCUCGCUGCCAUUUUAGUACAGGCAACCCCCCCCCCCCAUUUACAUGCAUUCAUUAUGCGCAACGGCCCAUGCAAGCAUUACACCAAACCCGGAAGUAACCCCAAAAUGUCACAAAAAUGGGUGGAACGGACCAUGAGCGGAACAAGGUUUGCAGGCUUUUCCAAUAGUGUUUCAAAUAUAUGCAAUUUCACUUAAACUUGCAGGGCCUCUGAACGUAAUCCCUGCGUAGUUGGAGUUGCCUGUAUUAUGUCUCUCUCUCCUCCGCCAUCAUCCAUCACUUCCAAUCUAUAUGUGUAAUAGCAACAAUAUGAUAAAUAUUAUGGAUUUUGAAAUAGCACUAAAUGCCUUGGGCCCCCACCUGCCCUGCAGGGAUUUUGAUAUUCUCCUGACACCCCGGAGCACAUUUGCUGCCUCUGACAGUGGAAGUAGACAUCCAUAAAGUUCACCGAAAUAAUAAUAAAAAUUAUUAUUUGCCGUAUACCCCGCCCACUCUGGGCGGCUUCCAACAGGAUAUUAAAAAAUGAUGAAACAUCAAACAUUAAAAACUUCCCUAAACAGGGCUGCCUUCAGAUGUCUUCUGAAAGUAAGAUAGUUGCUUUCUUCUUUGACAUCUAAUGGGAGGGUGUUCCAAAGGGUGGGCGCCACUACCGAGAAGGCCCUCUGCCUGGUUCCCUGUAACCUCACUUCUCGCAGUGAGGGAACCGCCAGAAGGCCCUCAGAGCUGGACCUCAAUGUCUGGGCAGAACGAUGGGGGUGGAGACGCUCCUUCAGGUAUACUGGGCCGAGGCCAUUUAGGGUUUUAAAGGUCAGCACCAACACUUUGAAUUGUGCUCAGUGGGUGCCAGUGUAGGUCUUUCAGGACCGGUGUUAUAUGGUCUCGGCGUCCGCUCCCAAAGAAAGCUUCAUCCACCACAUAAAUCUGUUAGAUUCAUUGACUAAGACAUGGGUAGGCAAACUAAGGCCCGGGGGCCAGAUCCAGCCCAAUCGCCUUCUCAAUCCGGCCCACGGAUGGUCUGAGAAUCAGUGUGUUUUUACAUGAGUAGAAUGUGUCCUUUUAUUUAAAAUGCAUCUCUGGGUUAUUUGUGGGGCAUAGGAAUUCGUUCACCCCCCCCAAAAUACAGUCUGGUCCCCACUAGGUCUGAGGGACAGUGGACCGGCCCCCUGCUGAAAAAGUUUGAUGACCCCUGACUAAGAUAUCACUAAAUGGGUCAGAGCCCCAGGUUCUACAGUAGAGGGAAUCUGACGAUUUGCUGUGAGCUUUAAACCACUCCCCGCUUGUUAUUUGUACCCUGCAGUGAUGAAGAGAAUGAGGAACCCUCUGGUAGCGAACCGCCUUGUCCAUCCCUGCGCCUGUUCCUUGAGAGCCAGGAUGGCACACCAAGCCAAGAGGGGCAUCCUGUCCAGCCAAGAAUUACAGGGACGGGAGUGAAGUCGGGAGACAUGGCACCCCCAUCAGAGCCAAACCUCGUGAGUUCCCACCAGGACAGCGAUACAGGCGUGGAGGAUGAGCUGAGAGCGGGCAGCACCCCUGAAACGCCAAAGUCGGGGGGCCUGAGGGAAGGUGGCUGGGACUUAGAGGUGGGCAGCGACACAGAUGAGGAGGAGCCGGUGGUGGGGACUCCAGAUGCCGGCUGCCGGAAGAGCCACCAAACGGUGGACAGCACCACAGAUGUGGAGCGAGCAGAGAGCCCUGGGGUUGUCGGCUUGCAGGCGCACCGACUGGUUGAAAAUGGAGACAGCGACACAGAUGCAGAGGAAGGACUGGAGAAUCCAAUUGCUGCAUCUCCCGGAGGCCUUGAUCCCUGUCCCGUAAAGGAGGGGGUUGUCUGCAAAGGGGCCAAAGGUGUCGUGCAUCCUGGGGGCUGCUGCCAGCCCAAUGAGAAAGGGAGCAGUGACAGAGAUGGGGAAGAGGCAGGAGCUAACCCAGAUGUGCAUGGAAGGAGGACCAAAAAGCCUGCUUUCGAGGAGGACAGCGACACAGAUGUGGAAGACCCGUCCCUCGACGUGGAGGAUCCAGCUGGGAUUCCGAAGACCCACGAGGCUGCGGGGGACAGCGGUGGCGAUACAGAUGUGGAAAUGGCCGACUUGGCGCUGGAGAAUUCAAACGUUGCUCACAGCCCCCGUCCGUCAAGCUACAAGCCCGUCGGGACAAACGGGGGAGAGAUCUCCAUUGAGGAGGCUGCGCUGCUGGGCAACAGUCACCCGGGCAACGGUGUAAGGGGUGGUCCUGAUGCUGUAGGGGAGAGAAAGGAGCCUGAUGCUGAACCCCAGAGGGGUUGUGAAGCUGCCAGUGGACAGUCCAGCGGUUUAGGUGGGAAGGAGCUCUUGGGGAAACCUGAGAGUCAACACUUGGCUGGUCUCUCUGUUGACAGUGAUACAGAUGUGGAAGAGGAGGAGGAUGCUGGAAAUCCAGAUGUGGGCUCAAACAAGGACCACACAGCCACUGGGCUCAGUGGAGGAUGUAUCCCUCUUGAGAAACCAGAUGUUUCUGGUCCUCAGAAGAUCUCCAGAACUAUUGAAGGGGAGGACGCCGACACAGAUGCGGAAGCGACGUCUCCAUCCCACAAGGAAUCUGUGGCUGAAGACAGCGACACGGAUGUGGAGGGAGAGGCUGAACCGUUGCCCAGGAAGCCCUCGGAAGAGCAAGACACGCAGCUGGUCGCCGUGAAAUCCUGUCUGAAUGGGAAGAAGUCGACUGGCUCCACGGUGGAAGCAAACGUCGGCCGUGAACCUUGCCAAGAGGAUGAAGAUACAGAUGCAGAAGGAGAGGAGCUCCACCCAGGAGACGGCAGCAGCACUGAUGGUGGGUAUGAAGUAAAGCGAUAGGAAAAGCUGGGUCUCUCGUUCGACUUGGAAUACACCUGAGAUGCGGUACCAGGUUUGCGCUUGUGCAGUUGUCCUGAGCAGGGCCUUGCACAAACAAGGUGCCCUUUAGGUUCUUUUUACAGUGGUACCUUGGUUCUCAAACUUAAUCCUUUCCGGAACUCCGUUCCAAAACCAAAGCAUUCCAAAACCAAGGUGCUCUUUUCCAUAGAAAGUAAUGCAAAAUGGAUUAAUCUGUUCCAGACUAUUUAAAAACAACCCUUAAAACAGCAAUUUAACAUGAGUUUUACUAUCUAACGAGACCACUGAUCCAUAAAAUAAAAGCAGUACUGCAGCCACACAAUCAAUUGGUAGCUGAACUGGGUUCCACACAGUCACAAAAACAAAAAAGAGCUUCAAAAACGCAAAAUAAAUAGCAAAAACAGACCUCAACAUAACACUCAAAAUGGAAGUAUGGCACUCAAAACAAAAGUGCGGCACUCAAAUCAGAAGCGUAACACUCCAAACGGAGCACAUUCGACUUCCGAAAAGAGUUCGCAAACCAGAACACUUACUUCCGGGUUUGCAGUAUUUGGCUUCCAGGUUGUUUGAGUACCAAGGUGUUUGAGAACCAAGGUACCAGUGUAUUUUAUUUAGACUAUUUCUGUCCUGCGUUACAGGCACCAGAGAGGUGUCCACAGGGAAGCAGGUUUGUUCAGGCAGUAUAUUUUUCCUCAAAUCCUUGCUUUUCCCUCAGCAGCUCUGAGCCAGGCGUGGGGAACCUAUGGCCUUCCAGGUGUUUCCAAACUACAGCUUCCUGCAUCCCUGGCCGUUGGCCAUUUUACUCAUGGCUGCUGAGGGUUGUUGAACAAGCUGUGGUGGGCCAAACGUUUCCCAUGCCUGCUUGGAGCCAAGGGAGAGGGGCUUGGCAGCUGCAACUCUUUAAUAAUAAUAAUAAUAAUAAUAAUAAUAAUAAUAAUAAUAAUAAUUUAUUAACAAUAAAAAUACAAGGUUGAUUCUUCUCCUCUUCCCCUCUCAUCCCCCAGAGGAGCCCGACCUGGCUUUCCAGGACACACAGUGUUUCUUGCCUGUCGAGACCUCCUCUCCCAUGGCUGCAAAGGCGAGAGAUCCCUCCACAGCAGGUAAGGAGUUUUGCAGGAUUCUGAGGGAAGCCCGUGGCAGCUGUCACAGGGGUAGUGGUUGAGAAAUCUGGCUUCUCUGAGGAUAACAUGUGAGACCGCGUGUGGCUGCUAUUUGGGCCUUAGCUUAUAAGUACCAACACUGUCGUUUCUAAGCACUGCAGUAUCGGGGGUGGGGGGAUACGUAGAAAAGAGAGGACAUUGACUGUCAAAUGCCCCCUGCCCCCCACCCGCCAGAGGAAGGUACAUCAGACACUCAGCAGCCCCAAGUUAAAGCCUUGUUAUUUGCCCAAGCAUUUUCUCUUAUGAUAUUUUUAUCUUCGUUUCAUUGCUUUGGUUUGUGUUACAUAGGGAAGGCCUGAAACUCAGUGGCAGGACACCUGCUUGGUAUGUAGAAGGUCCCAGUUUCAGUCCUGGGGGGGGGGGGUGGCUGGGAGAGAUGGAGAUGCUUGAGAGCCACUGCCAGCCUGUGCUGGCAGCACUGAGCUAGGGAAACCAAUUAUCCGAUUCUCCACAAAGCAGCUUCCCUAUGUCACAUUAGAUUUAUUUGUGUCAGUUUUUGGAUGAGGAUUGGGGUGGGGGAAGAGGUAUAGCUGUUGUGUUGGAAGAGGUGGAGUGCAGAGCCUAAAAGCGGGGUGUAAACUCGUGGUGGGGGAGGUUUGAAGAUUUAAAGAGGGGGGCCCUCUCCCUCUCUCUAAUUCUUAUUAAAUUUUCUGUUUUACAAUUUAGAAUAUUCAUUUAAACAACCUUAAAAUAUCAGUGACACCCCUUCUUCUCUUUCCAUGGUUCAUUUUGCAUUACAUAAAUCCCUGCAUGUUUUAUAUAACUAAACCAUUAUUGCUUCCAUCAAAACUUAUUUACGCUGUUGAAUUUAUCUUAAUGCUGCCAACUUUUUAAAGUGUAUACAAUUUCCCCUCAUAUAUUCAGUAAACAUUUUCCAAUCUUCUCUAAACGUAUGUUCUUCUUGUUCUCUUAUUCUAUAUGUUAAGUCCGCAAGCUGCGCAUAUUCCAUCAGUUUAAGUUGCCAUUCUUCUUUAGUUGGGACCUUGCUCGUUUUCCAUUUUGGAACUAACAAAAUACGGGCCGCCGUAGUGGCAUACAUAAAUAACCUUUUUUGACACCUGGGAAUUUCCAUCUGAAUUAUCCCCAACGAAAAGGACUCUGUUUUGUUUUUUGAAAAGUGCUUUUGAACAUUUUUUUCAGUUCAUUAUAAAUUAUUUCCCAAUACUCUUUUACCCUUUUACAGGUCCGCCACAUUUUUUUAUAUAUAUAAAAAAUGGAGCCUUUCAAAAGGUUAAACACCUUUCCGGUCUUUCCCCCUCCACCCAGGUGCCGGUUGUGCUCUCGAAGAGGCGGCUGCAGAGCCGUUUGUCUUUCAGUCUCCCUCUCUGCCAUGCAGACUCCGGGCUGCGAAAGGUGAGUUCAUCUUGACCUAUGUCCACAUGGCAGCCUCUUCCCCGCAGUUGUCCAGAUGGACUCUUCCAGACUGCGCCACUUCCCUCAAUCCUUAUAGGCUACACGAUCCACCAUUUGGUCCAAUGGGGUUCAGUACUGAAUGUCUGGGCCUGCUCUGAUUGGCCCUGCUGGCUGGGGCUGAUGGGUAUAGGGAAUCCAAACUUUGGAGGGGUGGGGCAGCAAAGGGAGAAGGGGUGGCAUUGUGUAAGGGAGCAAUAGUUCUUGCUAAAAAUCUCAUGGCAUAAACUCUUUUUAGCUUGUCCUCUUCGUCAUCUCUGUUUGAAUUGUCUCUAACUGCAUAUCUAUCUAUCUAUCCAUUUCAUUUCCUUCUGGCUUCACUUACAACGCCCAGUUUUUUACCACCAGGAAAAUAUAUUUGUAUAAAUGCAUGUAAAGAGAUUUGUACAGAUAAACUGGGCAUUAGCCCAUGAAAGAUCGUAAUAAAAUUUGUUGGGUCUUUCUUUCUUUCGUUCUUUCGUUCUUUCUUAUUUUCAAACACACAAUUGUUUACAUUAAACCAUAGUCCAUAUCAAUACAUUUAUGGGGUUCCCUGAACCGCCAGGCUUCCCCCCACCCCUCCCAUGGCUUCCAAAAUUUAUCUUCCCUUUUUUCUGCAUUUAAUUAUAUUUAUCUAAAUGAUAACCCUUCAAUUUUAUCCUUUGUCCUUUUAAAUUACAAGUGCUAUGUCAAUCCUGCUAACGUUUCUAAGUGUUUACAGCAUUCUUUAAUAUAUUCUAUAAAGUUAUGCCAUUCUUUGUUGAAUUUAUCAUCAUCUUAGUGCCUGAUCUUCCCAGUCAGCCUUGACAUUUCCGCAUAGUCCAUCAUCUUCAUUAUCCAUUUGUUGGGUUUUGUCAGUUGCUGCAGGACUCUUGGUCGAUUUCCCCACCCCACCCCGUCAUCACGCUAGUCAAAGGGCCACUUUAAAAAGCACCUCAGAUUUAUUUCUAUAAGGCCGUGAUGAGAGGAUUCAAGGGCUGAGAAUUAGAUGUGGCCAAACUACAUCUCCCAUCAACCCCAACAAGCAUGGUCAGUGGUCGAGGCUGUUGGAAGUUGUAGGCCAGUAACAUUUUGCAGGCCAAAGAUCCCCCAUCCUAAUAAUAAUAAUAAUAAGAAUAAGAAUAAGAAUAUAUUUGUUUAUUUAUUUAUUUAUACCCUGCCCAUACUCUGUGCGACUUUCAACAGAAUAUUAAAAUACAAUAGUCUAUUAAACAUUAAAAGCUUCCCUAAACAGGGCUGCCUUCAGGUGUCUUCUAAAAGUCUGGCAGUUGUUUUUCUCUUUGACAUCAGUGGGAGGGCGUUCCACAGGGCGGGCGCCACUACCGAGAAGGCCCUCUGCCUGUUUCCCUGUAACAUGGCUUCUCGCAGUGAGGGAACCGCCAGAAGGCCCUCGGCGCUGGACCUCAGUGUCUGGGCAGAACAAUGGGGGUGGAGACGCUCCUUCAUGUAUACUGGGCUGAGGCCGUUUAGGGCUUUAAAGGUCAGCACCAACACUUUGAAUUGUGCUCGGAAACGUACUGGGAGCCAAUGCAGGUCUUUCAAGACCGAUGUUAUAUGGUCUCGGCGGCCACUCCCAGUCACCAGUCUAGCUGCUGCAUUCUGGAUUAGUUGUAGUUUCCGGGUCACCUUCAAAGGUAGCCCCACAUAGAGAGCAUUGCUGUAGUCCAAGCGGGAGAUAACUAGAUUUGUCAGUGGAGAAGGAACACUGUGUUGGGAUCGCCUCUCUUCUUUCUCUCUGUGUAGAGAGCAGCUCCUUUCUGAAUGAUGAUGACUCGGAUGCUUACACGAUGGAAGCCACCCAGCCAUUCUGCCAGGACCCCGGGCGGCUCUUGGAAGACCCCACUCAGGACUUUCUUGGCAAAGAGGAGGAAGAUACAGAACUAAUCUUGCCGCGUUCGUCUGAGCAGGCAACGCAGAUGGUAGUUUCAGGGUCGGCCUCUAGGGGGCAACAGGCAGCCAGCCUCCUAGGGACCAACACUCCACAACUGCCCCGUUCUCAGCCUGCAUCUCAGCCAGUGGGGGGCGCUGCUGCCCAGGAGCUCAAGCAGGAAGAGGAAGCCCAGCUGAUCCACGCAGGGCAGAUUCCCUCUGUUGACAGCAGUCAACCCUCAACAUUGGCCAACGAGGUCUCUGGGAGCCCAAAACAGGAGGGUGUGACAGCCCCCGAAGGUGGAAGCAGUGAUGUGAAGUUAGAGGCACAGAACGAGGCAGGUGAGCGGUAGGGAUGGCUGGAGGCUGGGGAGUGUUUGGUCAUCCAAAAAAGGUCUAAUAAUGGAAUCAUAGAAUUGUCAUGUUUGAAGGGACCAUGAGGGUCCUCUAGUCCAACCCCCUGCAGUGCGGGAAUCUUUUGCCCAACGUAGGGCUCGAACCCAUAACCCCGAGAGUAAGAGUCCCAAUUGCAGAUAUGGCUAUCGCAAGUGUGUUGAGACACUGCUUAUUGUCGUCUGGCUUUCCAUGACAGCAGACCGCCACCCGUCUUGCUCUCUGGAUAGUUCCUCUUGGAAUGGCUUCCUUGCAUGUGAAUUGUGUAUCUUUCCCUCUCUGUGUAUAUUAAAUAACCACCACCAGCAGAAGCCCUUAGGUCCCAGGGCAGGCUUUGACAAUCAAAAGCAACAACGCCAAAACCAGGGUAAAUAAAUACAAUCUCCAGAAUUGGGUUGCUCCUUAAAAAUAUAGUGGUACCUCGGGUUACAGAUGCUUCAAUUUACAGACGCUUCAGCUUACAGACUCCGCUAACCCAGAAAUAGUACCUCAGGUUAAGAACUUUACCUCAGGAUGAGAACAGAAAUCGCGCGGCAGCAGCAGGAGGCCCCAUUAGCUAAAGUGGUGCUUCAGGUUAAGAACAGUUUCAGGUUAAGAACGGACCUCCAGAACGAAUUAAGUUCUUAAUCUGAGGUACCACUGUACAUCAAAAGUCUGAGUAAAGAGGGGUUUGUUGUAUAUAUGAGAGUUGGGUGGAUGUCAGGGAAGGGGUGAAGUAGCAAAAGGCUAUCGCAGGGAAAGAGCGCUGUGCAAGGCUGCGCGGUGUUCUCUCUGGCUCCAUCCAUUUCCUCUUGGGCAACAACCCUUCAUAGGGGGUGGGAAACCCCCCUAUUUGUUCACUGGAGGAUUUCAUAAGGGUCUGUCAUGCAGGAGCUGGUCCAGUCUCCAAACAGCAGGCCCAGCGGGGCUUAGCAGGGAAACUGGCGGUGGCAGAGGCCAAACCAAUGGUGGGUUUCCAUUUGCGUUCCUGCAAAUUAGGAAUAGCUAACGGGCCUGGGAGGCUCAACUCUAUGUGAAUCCUCUGAGAGGGUCGAGCCGGGGUUUAGUGGGGUUCGUGUUUUGGAACCAGAGAUCUCCUUCCGGGAAAGGAGUGGCGGUUCCUCCGGCUGGCACUGCCUCCUGGUGGCUGGAGUGGAAGUGUUAGGAAGUGUAGGACCCCGGCAGAGACACACGCCCGACUGGCAUGUUCUCUCCCUCCUGGUCGUUUGGGAGCUUCAAAAGCUUUCUCCAGCCCGAACAUCACAGCGACUGAUACCAAGAGGCAUCAGCACACUUACGGAUCCUGCAGAGUAUUUGCAGUUUGCGUAACAGAACUCAGUAGCUCAGCAUUUUGGCUAAUGUACUUUAUUUACAUAUAAUACACAGAGCAUUCUGCUUUAGCUCCUUCCUCUUUCUCAUCAGACAGCAAAGAGAGAAAGAACAAAGGACAAUAGUUCCACUUUCCGGAACACAGUACAGUGGUACCUCGGGUUACAUACGCUUCAGGUUACAGACUCCGCUAACCCAGAAAUAGUGCUUCAGGAUGAGAACAGAAAUCGUGCUCCGGCGGCGCAGCUGCAGCAGGAGGUCCCAUUAGCUAAAGUGGUGCUUCAGGUUAAGAACAGUUUCAUGACCUCCGGAACGAAUUAAGUACUUAACCUGAGGUACCACUGUAAUACCAAAACAUCCUGUCUCCGUCACUUCCCACUCUGUGGAAUGAAAACAUACACCGUCGUGAUAGACAACAAUCUCAUGACUGCAAACAUGGAGCAGGAAUCCCAACAGGAAGUUGCGCCACUCGGCUUAAGUCUUUUCACUCUGCUUCUUCCCUAGCUCCUGUUGACGUGGAGUCGGAAGGCAGGAGCUCAGCUCCGGCAGGAGAAGCAAGGAAUUCUGAGCAGGUGGGCUUGGACUUGGCCACUACAGCCCUUCAUUCCUCCCUCCCUGAAUUUCUCUGCAUAGCUCCUGUAGGCCUUAAUUGCCCUUCAUAUUACAGGUGCAACAGGAGCCGGCGGCCUCUGUUGUUGUCCCGCGGAGGCGCGGUCUGCGGUCUGCCAGCAGUACUGUUUCCCCAGCUCCCGUUCCAGAGCGACCGACCCGUGGCCGUGCGGGACCCGCUGAUGUGGGUGAGUCCAGGGAACCGGCGGUCCCUGUCUCCAGGCGCCAGGGGCUGCGGCGGCAGAGGAAGCCGACCCGACUUAGGGGAGAGCCGGAAGAGGAGCCGGAGCAGUCAGAAGAAGAAGGACCGAGCCCCAGCAAGAAGACCAAGAACAGGGAACCGGCAGCCACCCCACGUCAAGGCCGAGCCAGGGGCUCGCAGAGGAAAACAAGGGCCGCCAGCAGGCUUCAGGAAGGGCCGCCAACAGCCAUAGACAGCCCUGGCCCCCGGGAGAGGACAAGGCGAGGGAAACAGGGGACAGCGGUCGCGCCUGCAGAAGAACAGGAGGCCCCGCGUCCGAGGACCCGAGCGGUCAGCAGGCGGUCGAGCUGCUCUUCAGUGAGCGUGCCCAGCCCAAAGGAUUCUGGGAAAGAAGCCAAACCUGGGCAGGUGGGUAAGGGAGCAGCAGGAGGAAGAAGGUCAUUCGUGACGCUGUUGGAUGAGGUGGUCUCAUGCCUGGUCUUAAAGACAACUGGUUAAAUUGGAUCUGGCCUUUUUAGAAUCCUGUUGGACAGCCUGUUCUGAAAAUGAAGCCAGAUGCACGAGUGCUGGGUGGGUUUCAGAACCCUUCCUGCACCUUUCCUGUAGGGAAAACGCUCCUUUGCUGAGCUCCCAUGCCGGGCUGCAGUAAACCCGGCUUAGCCUUGCCUCCUGUGUGAAUCCACCUGGCUCCGGUGUGAUAGUCCUUGGUAACCUGUAGGCAGGGAGAGUUGGGCCUUGACAACCAGGAGGUGGGAUGUCCGGUGGCGGGGAGGGGUUUGCGAACCAAAGGAUUGGCUAAGACGGUGAACUUUUCUGCCUCGGUGCAACCCUCUCCUCAUUUUUUUGCUUGCCCCCCUUCUCCCCAGGAGCCAGCGCAGUCCACUCCACCCUCGGGAAGGAGGUCCCGGAAGCAGAGCACAGAGAGCAAGCCAGCGGGAACAAGAAGCCAGCCCCGGAGGCGAACCCAGAACUCGGGGGUAUCGGGCAGUCCUGUCCCAAAGGUACUGCGCACAUGUUUUGGGGUGGAGGAAGGGGUUGGAGGGAGAAAACCUUGAGAGGGCGAGCUCCGGGAUCUUAGGGUCUGGCACCCUCAGCAUGGAAGCAGUAGCUUGUGCAUAUUUUUUUAAUUUUAUUUUUUUCACAUAUGACUUUUUAAUCCACCUUCUGAACUCAACUGGAAUGUAAACAGGGGAAAGCUAUCAAUAUUUAGUAAAACCAGUAAGUUCUUAACUACUUUCAUAGAAAUAUUUUUUAAAAGAUAAGGAACGGGAAUGGUUUUUGUUACAGUCAAACAGUAAUGAAGACCCAUUGCACAGUUUAUAGACAAGCCAACAGUACUGAGCUCUGAUAAUGACUAGUUUCUUUUAAUCGAAGAUGACAUUUGCAGAGAUAACACGGACAGUACAUCAAGACUUUGAAAUGUCCAGACCAUUUCGUAUUUGUACAGAAACAUGCAAAAUGCUAUAUGAAGUUUCGCGUUGUUACUAUGAGAGCAGUUUUCUUCCAUGCAGCACGAUAAACGUGUGGGCACAAUCUAGCCCAGAUUUCAGCGCUUUUAAUUUCACAAUGUUCACGUAUUUGUGUUGAGCAAAGACACAGAAACAGAAUUCAUAGGUUGUGGCCCAAGUUUUGCAGUAGCCUUUCCCCAAGAUUUUGUGGGACUACAACUCUCAUCAUCCCUGACCACUGGUCCUGCUGGCUAGGGAUGAUGGGAGUCGUAGUCCGGCAGUAUUUGGGGGACUCAAGGUUGAAAAAGGGCUGUUCUAUAGGGUUUGAGAAGCGUGGAUUUGAAUGGCUUGCCAGUGGCUGCAUGCUGAGGGUUGGGGUUAUAUUCCCACCCACCCCCACCCCCAAUGACUUCCUUUUCCUUCUCUUGCUGCCCCUCCCAGGUGCUGUUCAUGGCGGGGACCGGCGAAGAAGGGGAGCACAUUGUGACGGAGCUGGGCGGCUCCUUGGCAGAGUCCGUCUUUGAUUGCACCCACCUGGUGACGGACCGCAUCCGGCGUACGGUCAAGUUCCUGUGCGCGAUGGCGCGGGGCAUCCCCAUCGUGACCCUCAGCUGGCUGGAGAAGGUGAGUUGCUUGACUUGCCUCCCUCCCAGAAUUCUCUGGGGCAGGGUUAGCCACCAGGGGGCCUUUCCAGUGCCAGUGGACUCCAACUCCCAUCAGCCCCAGUGGUCAGAGAUGAUGGAAGCUGUAGGCCAACCAUAUCCAUAGCCAUUGAUUGCUGCUGUUCUGAGGGACACAGGUGGCGCUGUGGGUUAAACCACAGAACUUAGGACUUGCUGAUCAGAAGGUCGGCGGUUCGAAUCCCCGUGACGGGGUGAGCUCCCAUUGUUCGGUCCCAGCUCCUGCCAACCUAGCAGUUCGAAAGCACGUCAAAAUGCAAGUAGAUAAAUAGGUACCGCUCUGGCGGGAAGGUAAACGGCGUUUCCGUGCACUGCUCUGGUUCUGGGAGGGAGGCAGAGAUGAGCGCCGCAACCCCAGAGUCAGUCACGACUGGACCUAAUGGUCAGGGGUCCCUUUACCUUUACCUUACUUCUGUUCUACAGCAGGGAUGUACCACUCCUGCAGUCCGGAGGGGGCGGGCAGUGACAUUUCAUUCUCCAGGAAAUAGUCUGGGAGAGAAUACUGUGUAUUGCUGCCUUUGAUGACUGUUCAGGCUCCAUAGCAGUGAUCUGAAGGAGCAUCUCCAUCCCCGUCGUUCAGCCCAGACAUGGAGGUCCAGCGCUGAGGGCCUUCUGGCGGUUCCCUCACUCCCAGAAGUGAAGUUACAGGGAACCAGGCAGAGAGCCUUCUCAGUGGUGGCGCCCUCCCUGUGGAACGCCCUCCCUUCAGAUGUCAAGGAGAUAAACAACUAUCUGACUUUUAGAAGAUGUCUGAAGGCAGCCCUGUAUAGGGACGUGUUUAAUGUUUUGUUACAUUUUUAUAUAUCCGGCUGAACGAUGGGGGUGGAGGUGCUCCUUCAGGUAUACAGGGCCAAGACCGUUUAGAAGGGCCAUUGGCUUGAUCCAGCAGGGCUCUCCUUGCUUUGGUGAACCAACGAGCAGUUAGUAUCAUGGUAGGGCCUUACACCUUUCCGCAGUUGACUGUGUGUGGCGGCCUCCUUUAAGGGGAAGGUGGUGGUUUUCCCUGCCUAUUCUGCAAUCUCCUUCCCAUGUUUCCUCUCCUCGCAGAGCCGGCAGAACUCCUUCUUCCUGGCCCCGAACAGCUUCCUCGUUUCCGACCCCGAGAAGGAGGAAUACUUCCGGUUCAAGCUCUCCGCGUCGCUGCAGAAGGCCCGGCAAGAGGGAGGCGUGCUCCAGGUGAGGUCACGGUUAGCAGCCUUUGCCUUGGGCUACGCCCACAGAACUACCUAGCCCAGGUAUGCACAGCAAAGUGGGCAGAGGAUUUUCCCCAACCCCGGAGCAGUUGGAAUGGGGUUUGAAUUUUUCUCUCCGAUGUGCAGCAGGAACCCUGUCCGGGAAGAAACUGAUAACCUGUAAGUUUAAGGUCCCAACCAAAGAAGAGUGGCAGCUUAAGCCGACAGAAUAUGUGCAGCUUGCAGACUUAACAUAUAGAAUAAGAGAAGAAGAACAUUCGUUUAGAGAAGAUUGGAAAACUGUUUUCAAUAUACAGUGGUACCUCAGGUUACGGAUGCUUCAGGUUACAGACCUUUCAGCUUACAGACUCCGCUAACCCCAGAAAUAUUACCUCAGGUUAAGCACUUUGCUUCAGGAUGAGAACAGAAAUCGUGCCCUGGCGGUGCGGUGGCAGCAGGAGACCCCAUUAGCUAGAGUGGUGCUUCAGGUUAAGAACAGUUUCAGGUUAAGAACGGACCUCCAGAACGAAUUAAGUACUUAACCCGAGGUACCACUGUAUGGGAAAUAACUGUGUACAGCUGAAAAUGCUGGCAGCAUUAGGAUAAAUUCAACAGUCUAAAUAAGUUAUGAUGGAUGUUAUAACGGAAUACUGAAUGGUAUAGUUUCUGCAAAAUAUGUAGGGAUUUAUGAUAUGUAAAAUGAACCAUGGAAGGAGAAGAGGGCAAGUCAUUGAUAUCUUAAGGAUGUAAAAAUGAGUACUUUAAAGGUUAAAACAGAAAAUUUUACUAAAAAUUACAGUGGUACCUCGGGUUACAGACACUUCAGGUUACAGACUCCGCUAACCCAGAAAUAGUACCUCGGGUUAAGAACUUUGCUUCAGGAUGAGAACAGAAAUUGCGUGGCGGCGGCAGCAGGAGGCCCCAUUAACUAAAGUGGUACCUCAGGUUAAGAAUGGACCUCCAGAACAAAUUAAGUUCUUAACCUGAGGUACUACUGUAUAUACAAAAAAAAAGGAGGAAACUGAUAACCUGCCCACUUCUUGUGGGUUGUAAGGCCACAUCAAGUUGGCACCCUGACACCGCUUCCCUACAGUUCCUUGGGAGGUUGGGGGGCAAGAUCCCCUUUGGUAGUUCCACUGCCCUUGAAAAGUUUUGGGAGAAGGUAUUCUCUGCAGCAGGCCCUGAGUGGUGGAAUUUCCUCCCCACAGAGGAGUUGUUAUAGUAUUAGGAAGAGGAGAUGUAAUGCUAAACCGCCCCUGAGGUAACGGUGGGAGGCAAGAUACAGCACGAAGGCUCAGAAAAUGCAUUCCAACUUUCAGAGGAGCAGCCGUAUUGGUCUGUUGCAGGAGAAACAAGCUAGAGCCUUGCUAAUCCCUUUAAAGACUAACACAUUUCAUCAUGGUGUCAGCUUUCUUUCUUUUUUCUUUAUAUUUUCAAAUUUAUACAUUUCAUUAGUUUUACAAUCAAUUUAACAUUUCAAAAUUUGACUCCCUUCCCCCUCGUUCUGCGAUUCCUUAAAUUCAUUUUUUCCUAUCUUCUCCAAUCCAAAUUCAUUUAAUGUACUCAUUUCUUUAUCUACUGUAGAUAUAUACUCUUAUAAAACUGCAGGUUAUUCCAUUAAUCCUGCCAAUGUUUUUAUCUGUUUGCAAUUCUGUCAAUAUUCAAUAAACCAUUUCCAUUCUUUUAUAAAAAGCUUGUUAUCUUGAAAUUCUUAUUCUUCUGGUCAGUUUCACCAUUUCUGCAUAUUCCAUGAGUUUUUGUACCCAUUCUUCCUUUUCUGGGACUUCUGCUUCUUUCCAAUUUGGAGCAAGUAACAUUCUUGCUGCUGUAGUAACAUACAUGAAUAAAUUUCUAUACAAUUUAGGUAGUUCUGUCCCUAUAAUUCCCAAAAGAAAGGCUUCUGGGUUUGUUUCUUUGUUUGUUUUUACAAACAUUAUUUAAAACAUCUUUUUCAAUUCAUUAUAUAUCAUUUCUAUGGUAUCAUUUCUAUGGCACAUUAUGUUCACUUGCCCCUUAUUUAAGGUGCCACGGGCAAACUUGUUGGGAUCAAUCAUACAGAAAUUAGAGGGUACUCCACCAAAAUUCCACCUUGCCCAAAUCUUGCAGGAUAAGGAUGCCCAUACGACCCUGAAAGUGGCUAGGUUCCUGGUCGCUGUCCUUACCCAAAAGCGUUGCCAAGGAGCACCACAAGCUAAUUAAGGCGUAGUAUGCCAUUCCAUCUUAUAGUAGCUUAUUGUUAUAGUAGUGUUUUAGCGGCUGUUUUUUUCCCAUGUGCACAGGCUGUUAUUUAUGUCUUGUUUUUAUCUGUAUGGGCCUACGGCCGUAAUAAAUUAUUAUUAUUAUUAUAAAAAUUUUCUAUGGUAUAAGCUUCCAUCUUGAGUCGCAGGCAUAAUCCAAUUCUGAGUCAACCCUUCCUCGCUAAUCUUCGGAUUCCCGUGCCCCUUUGAAACAAAACAGACCUGUCUCUUUUCCCUUCCAGGGCUACGAGAUCCACGUUACGCCUAACGUCAACUUGGAGCUGGAGGACAUGAGGAACAUUGUGCAGUGCGGCGGCGGGAAGUUCUUACCCAGAAUGCCUCGAGCCUACAAGGUGAACUAUGCCUGUUUACAUGGCAUCCUGUGGGGUGCUGGCAGAAACGCUGAGGCAAAAGGAAUACCUGAGAGCGAGACCCGACUCUCUCUUUUUUAUAUACAUUUUUAUUAGUUUUUUUAACAUACCAUUUUCAACAGUAAUUAAACAUAUUUUUACAUCUUAUUCAAUAUUUUGACUUCUGUCAGUCCAGUCUGGAAAUUUUCCAGUCUAAUCUCUUAGUAUACAUUUCUUAUUUUCCCUGUUACAUUUAAAACUCAUAACCAAUAUCUUUAUUCUUUAUCUACUUUGUAGCACUUCAUAUAUUUCUCCCUACAAAACUUCUUGUAGUCCUACUAAUGUAUUUUGUUGAUUACAAUUGCUCUUCAAAUAGUUCGUAUACUUCUUCCAAUCUUCUGUAAAUCUCUGUUCCUGCAGGUUUCAAAUCCUUCCUGUCAUUUUGUCCAAUUCUGCAUAGUCCAUUAAUUUCGUCUGCCAUUCUUCUUUCAUCGGAGUUUCUUCUUGCUUCCAUUUCUGGGCUAACAAUACUCUUACCACUGUUGUUGCAUAUUUAACAUCUUGCCUAUUAAUAUCCUGACAUAGAAUACCAAGUAGAAAUGGUUCUGUUUUUUUUUUUAAUUUAUAUUUCAAGAUCUUUUUCAUCUCAUUAUAUAUCAUUUCCCAAAAGUUCUUUAUUUUCUUACAUUCCCACCACAUAUGAUAAAAGGUUCCUUUUUCUGAGAGCGAGACCUGACCCUCAACCUCUUUUAUUUAUUUGCUUAAGGACAAGUGCGUUGUGAUUUCCUGUCCCCAAGACCUGCCCCGCUGCAAAGCAGCUCAGGACGCCAGACUCCCCAUUGCCAACGCAGAGUUCAUCCUGACAGGUAUAUUGCAGCAGAAGCUGGAUGUGGACGCCCACCGGCUGAACGGGAUGAGCCCCCCCUCCGUUGCCACUCCCCCGACCAGGACGAGGAGGAAGAGGGCGGCUGCAGAACCAGCAACCCCAGCCAAGAUGCGGCGUUGAGACCAAAGCGCAGCCCGUUACAUGGCGACGUUGCCUUAAGCUUGUAAAUAACUCUUUUGUGUUUUGUUUUUUUACCACUGUCAAUAAAAUGGGUAUAAAAAGCAACCUGGAUCUUUUGGAAUUGUGUAUCUG